AUGAACUUGCUUGCCACCCGUAACUUCCGUGUGGUGAUGGCCCUCGUGGCCUUGUUGACCGUCGCCCUCAUCUUGGUCACCCAGAGAAAGCAGUUGGCGGCGCUGGCCCCGCACAUCGCCACCGUCCAUACUCCUGACGUGUUUGAUUCGGCGCCCGGCGACGAGCCCAGCGCAAAGCUUCCGGAAGGAAAUACUCCUCCCUAUCCGAAACAAGAUGCCCUUAAAGCGGAUAAGUUAAACGACGCUAUUUCUGCCGAUAAGUUGCCGCAAAAGCCUCAGGACGUCGCCGAGACUAAGGCUGACGCCAAGACUAAGCCUGUCGCCGAGACUAAGCCUGUCGCCGAGACUAAGCCUGAGUCUGCCAAAAAGCCAGCUUCUGGUGACUGUGAGCAGUACGUGAUCAUGAUUGACGCCGGUUCGCUGGGGCUGAGAGUACACACGUAUAAGUUCGAUGUGUGCCAGCUGCCUCCUCUAGUGCUCGCUGAGGACUUUAAGAUGCUUAAGCCCGGUUUGUCGUCGUUUGACACCGAUGCCGAAGGCGCUGCCAACUCGCUCAACCCGUUAUUGGACCUGGCGGUGGCGUUUGUCCCGAAACAUUUACAAGCGUGUACUCCCAUUGCCGUGAAAGCCACCGCCGGUUUGCGUAAGCUUGGUGAGGAGAAAUCGCUGGCGAUCUUACUGGCGGUGAGAUCUCAUUUAGAGACGAAAUACCCGUUUGCCGUCGUCGAAGGUACCGACGGUAUCGAAGUGAUGGACGGUAGCGACGAAGGCUACUACGCCUGGAUCACCACUAACUUGUUGCUUGGUACGAUUGGUACGGCGGAAAAGGAAGCCACUGCCGCCGUGUUUGAUCUUGGUGGCGGUCUGACGCAAAUUGUGUUUGAACCUAAACCCGACCACCCCGUGGCUAAACUGGAUAUGGAACGCAAAUUCGAGUUUGGUGGCCACACUUACUCCCUCUACGAAUAUUCCCACUUGGGCUACGGGCUUAACGAAGCGAGAAAUAAGAUUAACAAGGCCAUCGUCACCAAUUUCGGCACCGAAAAGCUUACCAAGCACCAACUGGCUAAACAAGCGGAGGCCGCCGCCGCUGACAACGUCGAAAUCACCAACGCGUGUUUGCCUCCCAACACCGAAACCACUAAAGUCGUUGAAUUUGGUAAAGACGAAUACUACCACGUGAAGUUUGUUGGUGGUAAACUGCACCUGGGCGGGUUAUGUCGAGGUUUAGUGGAGCUGAUUUUCGCCAAAGACGCCGAGUGUAACGUCGGCCCCUGUUCUUUCAACGGCGUUCACCAACCGUUACUCUCUAAGCUGUUUGACAAGCACGGCGACAUGUUUGUGUUCUCAUUUUUCUACGACCGCACCAACCCGCUCGGGUUCCCGCUGGACUUCACCGUCGAGGAACUCCGCGAUUUGGCUCGUGACGUGUGUGGCGGCGCCGAGCUGGCGUCGGUAUUCGCCAAAGAGGCCCAGGAAGAACUCAACAAGGAACCGUUCUGGUGUAUGGACUUGUCGAUCAUCACCGGGUUAUUGCACACUGGCUACGAUAUCCCCCUCGCCCGCGAAGUGAAGACGGCCCAGAAGAUCGGCGGCUUCGAAAUCGGGUGGUGUUUAGGGGCGUCGUUGCCGCUUUUGGAGCUGAAGGGCAAAAACUGGAAGUGUCGGGCAUAA